AUGGCAGAAUUCCUUGGCAAAAAACAGCGAAGGAAGAGCCUCAGCGUGUUCAGUUCAACAUCCACAGCCUCGCCGCUGCCUCGGCCUCCCCAUAUUCGAACACCCUCUGAUGACACCCUCAUCAGAGAUAAGAAAGCCCGCCGCAACUCGGGGUUCUUUGGCCGGCCCCAAAGCCCCAGUAGGAAGACCAGCGGCCCCAAUGUACUGCGUCGCCCAGGAACGGCGAGCGCGGAAGUCGCCGCCUGGUCUGCGGCCAUGGCCUCCGCACCCACGCUGGAGAUUCCUCACCCUCGCCGAAAAUCAUUACAGAAGAAACGAACCUCGGUCUUUGGUUCGUUAAAGUCGCUGCACUCGUUAGAAGAUGACGACCCACUCAGCGCCUCUGUCGGCUCGGUCGACGAGCACAGCACCUCCAGCCCCCGCAAUUUGAUUUGUUCUUCAGCGAUCCUUCACUAUGGUGAAAUCCAGACGACCGGGGCCAUGUGGAAGCGGAAGAGUCAAUACCUUGUGUUGACGGAUACGCAUUUGGUACGCUUUAAGAAUCAGAGCAAGGCCGCCGAUGCUUUCCCCUCAAUCCCACCUACAUAUAAUUCCCGUGCUCCGGCAUCGCACCGCCAGUCCAUGGCCUCUAUCAGUUCAUUGCAGGACAUGCAACUGAUGGUCUCCACGGAAGCAUCAGCCGGUAUUCCGCUGAACAGCAUCAUUGCAGUGUACAUGCUCGAAGAUGCACGGCUAUCCCCCACGGUCGAGGUGGCCUACCUGGAUGAGCGCACGCACAAAGCGUCUUUGAUCCAAAUGCAAACCCCUGAUCAACAGGAAUUGAAUCUUUGGAUGGUGGGUAUUCGCCAGGCCGCACAGUUGGCCCGGUCAAACGAUCCGCUGCCGUUCGAUCGUGGUGCGGUGGAGUAUGUAACCAAGAUGCUGGAACACGAACGAGAUUACGAUCCGGCCACUUUCCGAAUGUUCCGCGUGAUACAGAUUGCGUCAAGCAAGUCACCGACCCGUUCAUCCUCGGAGGACCUGACCAAAUUGUCUCCGACGGGCUGUUACUUAGUUAUUGGAUCGCAUAAGGCCCAUCUGAUCCCUAUGCAGAAGGCUGUCAAUAAGUCUUCCGUGGUAUCCUUGUCGGAUAUUGAGACGGUCACCUCAUUUGGUCUUAUGAACUUAACAGGCUUAUCUAUGGAAUAUGGGGAUGAUAGUUUACAUUUGACAUUCCGGGUCCCCUUGCGGAAAUCGUUCAAUGUAUUCUUGGCUUCGGUACACUCCGUGGAGGUAGCUUGUUGGAUCCGGCAACAUACCGAGUUCCUGCGCCCGCUGUGGACAAGGCAACCUUACGACUUUGUUGUCCCACCCGAUCUGCACAACGCCGAAAAUUUCCCUCAGGUCCCUCUAGACGAAGACUAUGGCUGUUUUGAUCGCACGCUGGUGGCCUACUCCGCUAGUUAUGACGUGGAUACCUCAAACAUUCGCUACACGAUUGACUUGGCAUGCGAAGACGCCCCUUGCUUCCGCCUUCUCCGGCCAGCCUUGGACGCAGUGACCAAAAAGGCAAAAAAUUAUAGCGCCUUAGAGCUGAUUGCGGUCAUGCGUGCGCUGCGAUAUAACGAGUCGUUUCGGUCGAUCUCCUUUCGCGGUAUCAACCUGGAUGCAAUCCAGGGCAUCCGCGAUCUUCAUGGUGUGGACCCUGAUGUUCAUCUUGAUAGGUCUGGAUCACUGGUGAAUAUCCCCGGUCAAGGAAGUCUGAGCGUUCUCUCACAGGAGGUGCGAGCAUUGGCGCUGAAAAGUACCUGGCUUCGUCGACUGGACUUUGCUUACUGCCUCACCCGGACCCCGACGCUGGACAAGGGCAGCCGAGAUCCAGGCUGUGGGAUCCCCGAGGCAAUCUUCCCGGUUUGUCGGCGCGGGAUGACCAAUGUCGACUGGGUGGUCUUGAAUGGUAUCAAGCUCGGCGAAUCGGAUCUGGAUUAUCUGGUUGACGCGGCUUCGCAGAGCCAAAGCCACCUGCGAGCAUUGGAGGUUGGAGACUGCGGACUAUCCGUCCACGACUUGGAUCUUUUACUGUCGACCCUGGUGGCUCAGGAAACAACGCUUGAGGCGAUUAAUAUUUCUGGCGUACAAGGCCGCUUGAACCCGGAUGUGCUGCAACAGUACAUUGGCUACUUUGGGCAGAUUCGGAAGAUCAACCUUUCACGCAUCUCACGCACAUCCGGUUCCGAUCCGUUGAUUACGGCAGAAAUGCUGUUUAACUGGCAGCUUGAAGAGCUGAUUCUCAGCCGCACGGCAGUCAACCGUGAAACUGUCGAUUCCAUUGCUACUUACCUAGCAAGUGACCGUUCACAUAAUCUUAGGAUGCUUCGACUGGAUCAGUGUGGCCUUAGCGGGGAGGAUGUUGCUAUGUUCAUGCACUCCAUGUCUGCUGGAUCAGACGCCCCGCGAAGUCUUCAUUUGCAUGUCAAUGAAAACAGGCUUGACAAUGGCUGCUCGUACCUCUUUGACGCCAUUGCGAAAAACAUGACCCCAUCUCAUCUUUCGAUGCAAAUGAUUGACUUCAAAAAGGAAGACCACUUUCGACAACUCGUCGAUGCUGUCCGAAAGAACACAACAAUUAAGUACUUGGAUAUCUCUAAGGCUUCGCUUCCCUACGAUGCAGGCCCUGAGACUUGCAAGGCAUUGCAGCUCAUGUUCGAGCAAAAUGACACUCUUGAGGCUCUCGAUAUUAGUGGCGAGAGUGCGCACCUCGAUGUUGCCCGGUUUGGUAUUGGACUCAAUCUGGCAUUGACCGGCUUGAAGAAGAACACAUCUUUAAAGGUUCUCCGUAUUGAGCAUCAGAAGCUGGGUCUUCAGGGUGCCAAUACGUUGGCGUCCGUUCUAGAGGAGAACGAGUCAUUACGCGAGGUGCACUGCGAGAACAAUGAUAUCAACCUGCAAUCCUUUACGGUAUUGGUUAACGGACUCCAAGGAAACCGUACAUUGUUGAGUCUGUCCUCCAUGGAGCGGGAUCGGGCUUUGUCACUUGACAGAGUGCGCCGAGAGGUUGAUAGUGUCCGUUGGGAUCCUAGUCUAGUUCAAAGCUCCACAGCAAACUCCAUCCGUCGCUCCCUUCAUGCAGCAAUGGGAGUCCGAUCUAGUGGAUCUAGUGGUCAUCGUUUGACCAAGCCACCACCAGCGCAUUCUCCAACGUCAUCUUUGGAUGCCUCCGCUUUUGCAAGUCAAAAUGUUGACUUGGUAUUGUUAUCACUACAGCGCAAGUGGUCAGGUGAAGUUCAGCGUUUGGACCGAUAUCUCGCCCGGAAUUACAACGUUUCUCAGGGAAUUGCGGACUCGGACAUCGAUGAUAGUGCGAGUGAUGGACGACCUGCAACCGCAGCAAGCCUUGGUACCAUGUUGGAUAAUCUAAAGUUCGAGGUGGCUGUAUCGACUGAUGAAGUACAUGCCUCCCCUCCCGAGGAGCCCCCGCUGUCGAUCCAAGUCACUCUAGAAAAGCCGACGCCUCCUCCCAAAGUCAGGCCGCGGAAACUGUCAGCCAAAACCAGCCGAAUGAAGAGCGAGCCCGAUCUCCGACCUCAUACUGCCCGUGCCCAGAUCUACACCGCCGAAUACGGCUCUAGCCCUUCCUCUCGACUGGCUUACCCUGUUCCUGCCCUACCCAAGGCAAUUCCAAAAGCGAGCAGUGUUCGCAGUGCGCGCAGCUCCAGCACAGUCUCAACCAAUGCUGGUAGCGCGCGCAGCACCUACGGCAUAGCCUCGUCUACCCUGAGAGGUUUCCUCACAGGCAGUGCCUCAAAGGAACGUCGCCGGGUAGAGUCGAUACGCCCUGUUUGUGUCUCAAAUGACAAACCCCCACAGCUGGACUGGUCACCACCCAAGUUGGACUUGCAGGAGCUCGAGUAG